AGUCAAAAGUACCAAAUCUAUGGAAUACCGUUUAGAACUCAGAAAGAGUUUGAAGGACCAACAGUCCUUGGGAAGAUCUCAGAAGACUAUAUUGCCUCAAGCAAUCCCAAGGUCAAAUCCCCAAGACAGAUUUAGAAGAGAAAAGCCUAACUUGUCGUAUGCUGAUCUGCAUCAUGAGAUCACAAAAAAUGUGAAAGAUAUCUCAAGUAAACCUCUAGAGAGUCACCUGAGGCAACAGAUUGAUAGAGAGGUGAAUAAAGAAGAUGAACUGGUCAAGCACAUGUCAAAUUUACCAAGUUAUCUAGAGAGAGGAGAAAAUCUCCAGGAGAAAGUUUUAAAUGUUGGGGUCCUUGACUGGGGCCGUCUAGAGAAAUGGCAGUAUAUUCAUAAACAGUUGCCUCAUAGGAGUAGGAGACCUUCAGUUUCCAGUAGUAAUACGUCCUCUUCUUUCUCAACAGAUGAGUCAUCUGCAUAUUCUAGCAGAGGUCAAAGUUGGUCUCCUGCUCAUCAAAGGUUGCGUCAUCCUUCACUGCAAUUUCAUCUGACAUCUUCUUCCAUGGAAGCUCGUUCUCAAGUUGACAAAAUGUUUGGAGAGGGCGUUGGAAAAAUUCAAGAUCUCAAGGGGACCCAGCAAAACACCUUCAAGAAUCAGGUGAACUUAAUCAGAGCAGGUCAGCCUUUUUCCCUAAGCCAUGCUGAAAUCAAGUUGGGCCAAUGUAAAAGGAAAGAUUCGGACUUGAAGGCUGGUCGAGAAACCGGAACUUUGCCCAAUAGGAUAAAUUGUGAGGUUGCUUCCCAUGCCAAAGAAAGACAAGAGUCCCAAGGUGAUGAAUUGGUCAAGAGACCAGGAACAUUGAAUGAACAAAAUCAAGUUUAUCAUGAACAUGAUGUUCAUAAAAAAGAAAAAACAGUUGUUAUUCUUUUGCCAAGAGAUCGUCCCCCAAAAAGUCUUUCUGAAGUGAAAUUUCCAGAUUCAGCGGCAAUACUAGGUCGAAAAGGAGCGGACGCUAGUGGGAAUCUAUUGGAAGGAUCUAAAGUGGUCUGCCAUCUGGAGUGCAAUUUGAAUCUCCCUGAUUCUUGCUCCUCUCCUCAUGAAGCUAAGGGAAAUAGACACAUGCGGAUCAAACGUAAUAGCCUGAUUGAUGCAGACAUGAACAACCUUCUAACUGAAAGAUCUAAUUCAGUCCCACGCUCAUCAAAAAUAGGAAUCAGUCCAUCCAUAAGAAAUCAAGAAGACAAAGGACCAGCAGCGAUCCCCACAAAAUUCAAUGCAAAAGAUGAACCUUCCAGAAAGUCAGAUCUGAAAUUAAACAAGGUAGCAUCUGAAAAAGGAAGAAGCACUUCACCUUUCCGCAGACUUAGCUUCAGUAUGGGGAAGACAAGCAAAAGUUCCAGCUCCAAAGAUGUUAGUGCUCUACCCCAGUCGAGCUCAAUGAAUAUUUCUGCUAAGCCUGGUUCAGAGAACAUUGUAGCUUUAUCUUGCCAUAAUGCUACAAGGUGUGAUAAACCUCACACUGCAAACAGAGCAAGGUCCAGCCCUUUGAGAAGGUUACUGGAGCCACUCAUCAAGCCAAAGGCAGUCAAUUGUCAUAAUCUUGCUCGGCCAUUGUCAAAGGACCCAAAAUCAUGUGAUGGGGCCAGUAGAUUAUCCGAUGAGCAACCAUGUUCUUCAACUGGGCAAUCAGGAAAAGAUAAACUAGAGAUGGCAAAUCAUAGAGCACUGAAUGCCGAUUAUCCAUCUCAGAGCAAAAGACGGGGAUUAUCAACUGUUCAAGCUCUUCUGCGAGUUGCAGUUAAGAAUGGUCAGCCUCUUUUUACAUUUGCUGUCGACAAUGAGACUGACAUUCUAGCAGCCACAAUGAAGAAAUUGAAUUCCUCAGGGAAGGAUGACUACAGCUACAUUUAUACAUUCUUCACCAUUCAAGAGGUGCAAAAAAGGAAAGGAAGGUGGAUAAAACAAGGAGACAAAGGGCAAGGUCAUGAUUACAUUCCUAAUGUUGUUGCCCAGUUGAGGGUUUCUGGUUCUCAACCUUCUAAUUUGACUGGAAGGAACUGCAUAGAUCAAUUUAGGAUCAGAGAAUUUGUUCUUUUUGCUGUGGACCUAGGACAAGCCGAUCAGCAAACAUCCGAUUUCCAUCCAAAGGAUGAGCUCGCGGCUAUUGUCGUCAAGAUCCCGAAAAGAAUUAGCAGAAGUUCAUCCAGAGAUCUCUUUCAGAGUGGCAAAAGCAAUGAUUCGCAAGAGGUUGGGUUAAAAGAGCAAGACAUUAGUGCAACAGUCAUACUUCCAAGCGGGACUCAUAGUCUACCACAUAAAGGAGGACCUUCAUCAUUGAUUCAACGCUGGAAAUCUGGUGGUGUGUGUGAUUGCGGAGGUUGGGAUAUGGGUUGUAAGCUUAAGAUUCUUGCUAAUCAGAAUCAACCGAGCAAGAACUUCAGUUUGUCAAAACUAUCUUCUGCCACUGACCAAUUUGAGCUUUUCUUUCUGGGAGGACUACUGGACAAUCAGCCUUUCUUCAGUUUUGCUCCAUUCCAGGACGGAAUCUAUUCUGUUGAGUUCAAUUCAUCACUCUCUCUACUACAGGCAUUUGCAAUCUGUAUAGCAGUUUGGGAUGGUAAGCAGCUCUGCAAAAUCUCAGAGUUGAGCGACUCCAUUGAAGACAAAACUUUGCAGGAGACCAUACGAGUCCAGAGGAAUUCCAGUCUCGUCGACGGAGAUGCCCCAGCAAAAUACAUCUCGAAUCCACCCUUAUCCCCUGUUGGAAGGGUCUAGUUCCCCCUUAAGAAGGAGAAUGAUUUUGUAAAAUUACAAACUAGGGCAAGCAUACAUAAUUCUAGUUUGUUGGUUGUAUGGUGCAUGAUACGCCAGGCGUAAGAGCAGUCAUAGGAUGGAUAGAUUAUUAAAUGCUCUUUGAAAUAUCUCAGUCAUUUCUUCACGUAUGCACAUGUGGGCUUCUUCACUUGUAUGAAACCCGAAUGAUUAUAUGGAAGGAGUUGAUGGUUGAGAGGAGUAUCUAAUAAUUUCAUGUGCCUUCACUUAUGUCUGCAGCCCUAAAAAAUAAGCAAAGACUCUUUUUAUAUAUAAUAUAGCGAAGAGAAAGAGACUGGAGUUAGCUUUUUGAGUCACUUUCGUGGUGGAUUGCUUUCGACAGCGGAAGCAAUUUCAGUUGUAAUCCAGUCUCAUCAUCAAUGUUAAUUGUGCAUAUUAUUAUUA